UCGCGCACAGGCGUCGCAGGCAGCAGCCACGGAGAGGAGCUGCAGCGGCGAUUUGUGCGACCGGAGCGAGUCGCUUCGGGGUUGUCGAGCGGUUCGAGUUCGACUCCAGUUCUGAUCUCCCUCUCUGUGUCUCUCUGUGUCUCUCGCUCGAUCGCUCUCGCUCGCUCGCUCGCUCUUCUGCAGAUCCUCCCUCCCUCUCGCCCUUCUCCCCGGGAGAGGAGGUUGACUCGACAGCAGGAGGAGGAGGCUGAAGAGGAGGAGUGGGAGGAAGGGACAUGGGUAGACGUGCGGUGGAAAGUUAAGGAGGAGUUAUAACGGCUGUCGUCAUCAUCAACAACAACAACAGCAACAACAGCAACAUCGACAAGAACACCAUCAUCAUCAUCAACAACAACAUCAGCAACAACAUCAGCAACAUCAUCAUCGUCGUCGUCGUCGGCUCUGUAGCACAAACCGCGAGUUGCCUGCCUCGGGUGUCUUCCUCUCGCUUGUGCGCCUCUAUCAUCAUCAUCACCAUCAUCAUCAGCAGCAGAUAUCUCGAUCAUACUCAUCACUUCCACGAUCUUCAUCUUGACUAACAGAUUCACCACCACCCGCUCGGUCACAAUCAACAACAUCAUCAUCAGCUCCACCCUCAUCAAUAUCAUCAGAGCCAUCGCCUCCACUAUUGGCAUCACCACCAGCAACAACAACAACAACAUCAUCAUCAUCACACCCACCAUCUCCCCCUCCCCUGCCCAUCCAUCAGCUUCACUCACCCGCACUCCCAUCACCAGGCACCCCGCUGCGAUGGCUACCGUGGACCCCGCGUCUCGCCUCGCGGGGCCUCUCCGCGCCCCCCUCUCCUCCUCCUCGUCGCUCUCGCACGCCGACCUCGCCACGGCCGUGACGGGGCCGCCCCCAAACAUCGGCGUCUCCUCGGAGCCCGCGUGCCACGCUCCUCCCGGCGGCCUCCCAACCCCUCCGUCGUCCGCCUCCUCCUCGUCCUCCUCCUCUUCGUCCGCCGGCUGCGCCGCCGCCGCCGCCACGACCACCUCCUCCUCCUCCAAAUCGGCGGCGCGCAAGACGACGGCGGGCUCGAGGAGACCCGAGAAACCCCCUUACUCCUACAUCGCGCUCAUCGUCAUGGCCAUCCAGAGCGCGCCGUCGCGACGCGUCACCCUCAGCGAGAUCUACCAGUUCCUCCAGAGCCGCUUCGCUUUCUUCCGCGGCGCCUACCAGGGCUGGAAGAACUCGGUGCGCCACAACCUGUCGCUCAACGAGUGCUUCGUGAAGCUGCCCAAGGGGCUCGGACGCCCGGGCAAGGGCCACUACUGGACCAUCGACCCGGCGAGCGAGUUCAUGUUCGAGGAGGGCUCCUUCCGGCGUCGCCCGCGCGGCUUCCGACGCAAGUGCCAGGCGCUGAAGCCCAUGUACGGCAUGAUGAACGGCCUCGCCUUCAACCACUCCGUGUUCGACUUCCAGGCGCCCAUGGGGGGCCUCCAGUACCCCGGCGCGAACGGCUGCGGCGGCGUCGGCAGCGGCCUCGCUGUGGGGGGUCACCAAUCGCUGCAGGAGGCUUUGGCCGGCGUCGAUCCGUGCGUUGCCGGCAACGGCUCCAUCCUCUCCGCCGUCGUGCAGCAGCAGCAGCAACAGGCGGUGGGGGCCUCGACGUCGGCUUCAUCGGCUUCGUCGGCGACGGGUGCAGAGUCCUCGUCCGCGCAUCUGCCCUACGUGGAGUUCAACCCGCAGCUCGCCAGCUCCGUGGUCUCCUCGGGACUCGAUGUCGGUGGCUCGUACGGUGGUGGCGGCGGCGGCGGCGGUGGUGGAGUAGGGGGGCAGUCGGGCCAGCAGGCGUGGCACAACUCUCACCACCAUCACCACCACCACCACCACCCCGCCACGCACCACCACCCCGCCACGCACCCGGGCCACCACCACCCUCACCACCACGGCCACCACAGUCACCAGCAGCAGGCGCCGAACCCGUUCGUUUUCAACCCGGCGGCAGCGUCGGUGGCAGCUUCGUCGUCGUCGUCGCCCGAGCACAUGUACAGCGCUCACGCCACGGUGCGAGAGCCUCCACCCGGAGCCCUCUCGGGAGUGAUGUCUCGCUACGGGAGCUCGUCGCCGGCGCUGUGCGAGCACAAAGAUUUCGGCUUCCACUUCAACUCCCUGCACGGCGGCGGGGGGGCGGGCCCCCUGCAACACGCGGGCCUCCACGGAGGUGGCUUCUACUCCCCGCAGCCCGCCUAUCCUGCAUGACGUGAAGCCCUGCCUCAACUGAGCACGCGCCGCUCGCCGCCUGCGUGUCGGGACAACUCGUUCGGCCGACCGCCCCUGCCUGCCUACCUGCCUACCUGCCUGCCUGCCCAGCCACUCACCUGAGUUGUGGACAGAUGGCACCCUCGCUCACCUGCCUACCUGCCUGCCUGCCCAGCCGCUCACCUGAGUUGUGGACAGAUGGCACCCUCGCUCACCUGCCUACCUAACCUACCUGCCUGGCUACUCACCUGAGUGGCUGGGCAGAUGGCACCCUCGCUCACCUGCCUACCUACCUACCUAUCCAGCCGCUCACCUGAGUGUAGGACAGACGGAACCCUCGCUCACCUGCCUACCUACCUACCUACCUGCCCGGCCACUCACCUGAGUGGUGGACAGCUGGCACCUUUGCUCACCUGCCUACCUACCUGCCUGAACACUCACCUGAGUGGUGGACAGCUGGCACCUUCGCUCACCUGCCUACCUACCUGCCCAGCCACUCACCUGAGUGGUAGACAGACGGCAUCCUCACUCCCCUGCCUACCUACCUGCCUGGCCACUCACCUGAGUGGCGGAAAGACGGCAUCCUCACUCACCUGCCUACCUGCCUGCCCGCCCAGCCACUCACCUGUAUGGACGACCACUCGCCUGCCCACCCAGCCAUUCACCUGUAUGGACAGGAUAGUCACUCGCCCCCCUCGCCCCCCCACCGCCCCCCACCCAAGCACUGACCUGUACGGACAAUUAGUCACCAGUACAUACGGUCAAUCACCUGCCUGGACUGUCACUCACCUGCCCGUCCAGCCAUUCACCUGUCUGCCUUGCCGAUAACGUUUCUCCCCACCUACUCGCCUGUCUGCAGGGUCGCUCACCUGUGUGACUGUUCGAUAACUUGCCUCCCCGCCCGCCCCACCCAGCCAGGCACUCGUUGUUUUGGCCAAUCACCUGCCUGGCAAGUAGCCUCACCCGGAUAUCUACCCAGCUACUCACCGGCCUACCUCACACGUGUACCUACCUGCCUAUCUACCCCCGAACCCUGCGCAGUCAUUCACCAUACCCAUACCUGCCCUCCAUCCUUCUCACCUGUGCCACCCUCACCACUCCCCUCACCCCCCUCCAUGUAAACGGCUGUAACGCAUAUUAUAAACACAUGCACGGUGUGUGAACAAUGCCACCAGACGUCUGGGUUUGGCCAGGACAGUUCCCGUGGGUUUCACGAAGUCUGUCCCAGAGCUUCCCCGUGCAGCGUUUGCGAAGAAAGUCUGAAUGUUUUUCCUUCCUCUCGCCAUGUGGCUCGAAUUCUUAAAUAUGGGGGGGGGGGGGGGGGCAAAAACAGCCUUACCUUAAGCAUUGGGCGUAGUUGGCAGAGUGGGUGGGGCCCUACACAGCAGUGGGUGGAGCUAUAGACAGGUCACGCCUCUCCUCCCCUUAUAUGGGCAGGCGGGGGGCUAGUGGCUGGGUGGGCGUGGUUAUGCAAAAGUAGGCGGGGGCUGACGGUGACAAUGGAAGGGGGGCAACUGCCAGAAUCGGCCACGUGGCCUUUUGGGUUGAGCCUGCCGGAAUUUUGCUCGCUUUAUAAAGUAUACACUGCAGUACGCUGUUGCCCCCCCCCCCCCCCUCUAUGUAAAUGGUGUGUACCGGGGCUAAGUGGAUUGGGUGGGCUGUGGUUAUGCAAAACUUGGGCGGAGCUAAUGAAGGGGAGGGGAGGGAGUUUGCAAGACGCAACCACGUGUGGCCUUGGUUGAGCCUACCAGAAAUGUGCCUGCUUUAUAUACAUUUGUUAACCCCCCUCACCUUCCCCUCCACCCUCACCCCCUGCCCCCCACUAUAUAAGACGUGCAAGAGAGGCACGUGCUGUGAGCACGUGUGUGCUGUAGAGAAUGUAGAAUUUGCAAAGAACAAAAGCGGUACGGUCACGUGUUGUUAUUGUUGUUGUUGUUUUCCUAGGCACGUGACCACACAGGUCAACGCGGACAAAUUGUGGACAAUCUCGUGCCGCCAGUUUGUUAAUCCAAUCGGCGUGGAGUUUGCCAUUAUGUGCCUUUGCUGAAAUUAUGUUAUUGCACACACACUCAUCGCAUACACAUGAUAUAUAUUUUAU